CUGUGACCCAGCACACAUUGUGUUGGCGCGCGGUUGGUCAAGAUGGGCAAUCGCGCUGCGAGUGACUUUGUGCCAGGCUCUCUCACCUUAAUCAAGUAAGUAACUUGGAAGGGUUCACGAUGCCAGAGUCCGGGCAGGGCGACGGCAGACACGCGCAUCCCUCAUAAUCCGCGGCACGGCACUCUUGUCUCUCGCCGGAACCCCGUCACGCCUCAACAGUCGGUUGCCCGCGUGUUAUUCGCAAUCACCUCACCUUCUCGCCCAUCGGAGCCAUCGGUGUGAUUACCUCUCUCCUCGAGCAAGUAUCUUUGCACCAGUGCUGGAGGAACAAUCGCUCCAACGAUUCCGUCUUACACUCCGUUUCUUUUGGCCUGCCCGCCGAAUCUCGCCAAGACAUGGGCAUAUCUAGCAGCCAAAGCUCGCCCGGAUCCGACCGCAAUGGCGAGAAGGCUGCUGGUCAAGGAAAAUUGCUAGCGCUCUCAGACAUUGUCAAGACAACCCGUCGACGCCGCUUGGCUGGCCUCGUUGCUAACCCAUUCCGUAGCAGCCCUUCCGAGACUGCCGCCGCCAAAGGCAGUACCGUGACGGGCCGCGGCAGCGUGGCGGCCAAGCGGCCAAGCCAGAGGGAGGUUGCGCACCCGCCCGACAUCGAUAGGAUUCGUGAGAUACCCGGCCAGUUUCUUCGGGAGCUCCGCGGCAGUUCCGAGAAGGGUCGGCCCGGUGAGGAGAGCACUUCCUUUUGGAUCAGCAAAGAGUUGGAGGAAAAGCUCGCCUCGUACUCCGAAAAGAAAGCGCAGGAGUAUAGUGAUCUGCGCCAAAAGGGCACCGAGUAUGAGCGCUCGCUGGGGUUUGACUCUGCCUGUACCAAGACGGCAAAGCCCAUCGAGGUUAAGGCCAACGCGGUCUUUCAGCAUCUCAAAAAGAACGACAUUGCUCGUUUCUAUGAGACGGCGCCCAAGAAGCGUGGCUACCGCGGCCAGGAGCACCCACGGUUCUACGGUGAUCACUUCCUCUCCAAUGCAGACCUCAUCGAACAAACACAACUCUUCGCCCUGUGUCGGGCCAUGCCCAAGGGCGCACAUCUCCACAUUCACUUCAACUCCAAUCUCCCCCCUAGUGUUCUGCUGGGAAUUGCCAAGGACAUGAAACGCAUGUUUAUCUGGAGCAACAUCCCCCUUGAUCGGCCAGAAGCGUAUGAUCUCUGCAGGAUACAGUUCAGCAUCAUGAACGAGAAAGCAGUCGAGGAAAGAGGGGCAGGGAACCUUUUCCACAAAGACUACGGAGGCGGGACCGUGAUGCAGUUUCAGGAGUUCAGAGAGGCGUAUCCCGGGGGCCCAGAAGCGGCCGAUGCGUGGUUACAAAGCAAGCUGGUCUUUCAGGAGGAAGAAGCCCAUAACCUUCUUCAGACCGCGGAAGGAGCAUGGGAAAAGUUCAAUGCCCGAACCCAGAUGAUGAAGGGUCUGUUCAACUACAAGACCGCAUAUAGGAGGUACACUCGGCAGUGCCUCGACGAGUUCGUCGCCGACAAUAUCCAGUAUGCAGAGAUCAGGCCAAACUUCAUGUCGUCGAACCAAGUAUGGGAGGACGACGGCUCCUCCCGGAUCGACAAUGUCGGGAUCAUGAACCUGAUCAUCGACGAAUACGAAGCCUUCCAAAAGGACCAUCAGCGUCGGAUCCUGAAGGGCCUGAAGAUCAUCUACUGCACUCCGCGUUCCUUUGGCGAGGAGCAGGUCGGCGAGGCAUUAAUGCAGUGCUUCCAAUUCAAGACGGACAAGAAAUUUUCAACGUACAUUGCUGGCUUUGACCUAGUGGGCGAGGAAAGCAAAGGCAAGCCUCUCAAGGCCUUCACCCGACAAUUCCUCCAGUUCCAGGCCCUCUGCAAGGCCGCCGACAUCGAGAUACCUUUACUCCUCCACUGCGGUGAGACACUCGACAUCGGCACCGACACCGACGGCAACCUCCUGGACGCCUUGCUGCUCGGCGCCAAGCGCAUCGGCCACGGUUUUGCCCUGCCGCGGCACCCCUACGUCAUGGGCGAGAUGAAGCAGCGCGGCGUCUGCGUCGAGGUCUGCCCCAUCUCCAACGAAAUCUUGGGCUUGACGCCGAGGAUAAGCGGCCACUCGGUGUACAACCUGCUGGCGAACAAUGUACCGUGUACCAUCAGUGCGGAUAAUGGGACUCUGUUUCGAUCCCGCCUCUCGCACGACUUUUACCAGAUCAUUGCGGGUAAGCCGGACAUGACACUCCACGGCCUGCGCCAGGUGGUCGAGUGGAGCAUCGAGCACUCGUGCAUGGAGCCCGAGCUGAGGAGCGAGGUGCGCGGGAGCUGGGAGAAGAUGUGGGACGAGUUCUGCCAGAGGAUCGUCGACGGCGAGUUUACGCUCAAGGAUGGAGCCGGCGAGAUGGCAGCGGAGGGAGACGUGGCCGCCGACAAGCCUGUCGGGGGGUUGCCUCCUGUAUGAGGGUUAUGGGUCGGAUGAUACGGGCGUUUGGACUGGGGAAUGGCUAUGGUUUCGGGUUCCUUGUUUUGAUGUUCCUUUUAUUCCUGCUGCUGUGCCUGUUUCCGUGGGUUUCCGCCCAUUGGCGGUGAUACUUUUUUCUUUUGAUACCUGGCGGGCUAUGCCUAACGACCGAGAGAUGACCGACUCGUCACACGACCUUAUCACAAUGACAAGGUUUUCUCGUCAGGUUGCCGUUCAGCACACUGCUGCAGCGGACAAGCGGACAAGCAGCGCAUCGCUCGUCGCCGUGAGGUGAAUCUGUUGGCGUUUUAUUCAGGGAAUGAAACCCACUUUGGUGAGAUGCCGCGAUCGAGAUGCCGCGAUGAGUCAUUGGCUUGUCCUUGGUC